ACAGUUGAGAUCACAGAGCUACUACCUCUCCCCCUUCAAAAGAAACCACUCGGCUCCAUUUAUUUCAGAAUCUAGAGGAAGUUGACAAAGUGUCACAGCAGCGCUUACACGAUGUGGUGGACAGUUUUCAGCUUGCUGGCUUGGGUCCCAGUACAAGACGCCUUCCUGACCAGCCCCGCAGGCUCCAUCGCGGUGGAGGAAGGCCGCACGCUCACUCUGAACUGUGCCACCUCUCAGGAGGAGACCCCGUCUCUGCAGUGGUUAGCCCCCUCAGGGUUCACCAUUUUUUUCAAUGAGCAUCCUGCUUUAAAAAAUACCAAAUACCAGCUUCUUCAUCACUCCCCCAGUCGGCUCUCCAUCAGCGUGCUGAACAUAACUCUGCAAGAUGAAGGCGUGUACAAGUGUUUACAUUACAGCAACUCUGUGAGAACAAAGGAAGUGAAAGUGACUGUGCUAGCAAUUCCUUCCAAACCAACCCUGGAAGCUUCAGUUAUCAGGACUCAAGAUGAAGAGGAACACGUUGUACUUAAAUGCUUCACCAUGAGAAGCAAGCCCCCGCCGCAGAUAACCUGGCUUCUGGGGAACGGCGUCGAGAUCUAUGGUAAAACCCAUCAUGAAUUUGAAGCUGAUGGAAAGAAAUGUAAUACGACCAGUACACUCAGAUUCCACACCUAUGGCAAAAACUCAACAGCAGAUUGCAUUAUCCGACAUAAAGGCCUGCAAGGAGGAAAAUUGAUUGCACCCUUCCGAUUUGAAGAUUUGGUUACUGAUCAAGAGACAGCUUCAGAUGCUCUGGAGAAAAGCUCUCCGUCCUCUCAAAACCCUCAGCUGCCCAAUAGUACUGUCACAAUAAUGGAAAACUCCAGUGUAACAGAGAUUGAAAAAGAAGAAGAACAAACUGUUCAAGACCCCGACUUGAUCGCUGAGGCAAAUCCUGAGCCUAUGGGAUUGACAAGGAGGAAAAGCGGCAUCCUGCUGCUCAUUCUUGUGUCCUUCCUCAUUUUCAUACUCUUCGUCAUCGUACAGCUCUUCAUAAUGAAGCUGCGGAAAGCCCACGUGAUAUGGAAAAAAGAAAAUGAAAUUUCAGAACACACACUGGAAAGUUACAGAUCCAGGUCAAAUAAUGAAGAAACAUCAUCCCAAGAGAAAAAUUGCCAAACCUCCCAUCCUAAGAGCUGCAUGAACUACAUCACUCGGUUGUACAUGGAAGCAAAAACAAAGAGGAAAGGAAAUGCACAAAAUUCAAAAUCGAACGGAGAGCUCACUCAUAUACCAGAGAGUACUGUGUAGAGCUCCACACAAGGGAAAAUACGAUUUCGGGGCAGCCACGUCAGCAACUCAAUGGAGCAGCCUGUGGGAAGGAGCAUAAUUACCGCAACAUGAAGAAUAUGCUCUGAGUGCAAUGCAGGACGGUGUCCUCUGAUGUAGCAAAAGAGGACCAAACCAUGGACAUAAGGCUUCACAGUUAGAUAAUAACAAUACCCUAUUAUGCCUGGUACUACUUCAGAGCGGGAGGCUUCUACUAAGCCUUGUGGAUCAGGGUCAGUGUGACCAGUUAACGUCUUACCACGAAAGGGACAGGGUUUUUGAGAUGCUGGACUCUAGUGGAACUACAUUUUAAAAAAAAACAAAACACUUUAAUCUUUCCUUCUGGUCUCCAAAUAAAGGACAUUAGGAUGAAAAAGAUGUAAAGAAGGUCUGUGACUCCAAGGAGGUUACUUUCAAGAUGGACUUGAAGAAGAUGUAACCAGUUCCUGCCACAUCAGGACAAUGAAUCCUUUGGGUGUGACUCUCCCAAGCUCCAAGAAGUGGGUUCCAGGUGGGCCCAAAGACUAGGUUUUUUUGCCAAAUCACAUCAGCCAACCCAAUAAAAGUUUUGACUGGGACACUCUACUGCAAAAACUUGUAUAAAAGAAAAUAAUGAGGUUAAUGUACUGAUUCUUGAUGCAAUGAGUACUUUUUAAAAGGAUAACUUUAUUUAAU